AUGCAUCGCGCAGAUCCUCUGUCCAGGAGGCCAGAUCAUGAAGAGGGGGUAAAUCUCGAUAAUGCCGACAAGACUCUGCUCAAACUGAAAUAUUUCAUGAUUAAAGCUAUUCAACAUACCCAUCUUGCAGUCGUCACAGAUCAUGAUUUGAUGGACAAGAUCAAGGAGGCACUACAAGACGACAAUGUGAACAACUCAUACAAAGACCUACUCAAGAAAGGACAACGAGAGUUCUCGAAAGGACUCGAAGACUGGAACUUCGAAAGAAUCACUUAG